GUUGUUGAAAAUAUUGCUAGAAAAUAUGGUGUUAGUAAGGGUGAGUUAUUGGACCGGGAGUCUGAUGACCUUGCUGUACGAGUUGCUUUGGGUGAAACUCAAGUAGUUGCAGAGACAAAGAAGGCUCUCACAAAUGCUGGAAUAAAUGUUGCAUCUUUAGAGGAAUUUGCUUCUGGUAAAGUUGAUGGACACAAAAGGAGCAAUCAUAUUCUUCUUGUGAAAAACUUGCCUUAUGGUUCUUCUGAAGGAGAACUUGCAAAUAUGUUUGGGAAAUUUGGGAGUCUGGACAAGAUCAUUCUUCCACCAACAAAGAUAUUGGCUUUGGUUAUUUUUCUUGAGCCAUCUGUAGCCCGUGCUGCUUUUAAAGGUUUAGCAUACAAGCGUUACAAGGACGCUCCGUUAUAUUUGGAAUGGGCUCCUGACAAUAUUCUUAGUCAAAAUCCAAUGGAUGGCAAUGUGAAGGACGAGAAAGUUGGUGAAGGUGAUGCUAGGAGGGUGAUUUUGGAGCAGGCAGUGGAUGGAAUAUCAGAUGUUGAUUUUGACCCUGACAGGGUUGAGUCACGGUCUCUUUUCGUCAAGAACCUCAAUUUUAAAACGUCUGACGAAAGUUUGAGAAAGCAUUUUAGUGAACACAUGAAAGGGGGAAGAAUAUUGAGCGCCAAGGUAAAGAAGCAUAUAAAAAAAGGACAGCACGUUUCAAUGGGUUUUGGAUUUUUGGAAUUUGAUUCAGUGGAGACUGCCACAAGUGUCUGCA